GGGUAACUAUAAGAAGGCUGGGUCUCCCAGCUGGUAAUCAUCAAAGAGUUUUAGCUAACAGCAAGAACAAAUAAGUUCUUUUAAAUAUCUUUCAAAAAAAUAUAUAAAAAUACAACAUGGGUUGCAAGGCUUGUGGAACAAACUGCCAAUGCUCGGCCUCCAAAUGCGGCGACAACUGCGCCUGCAGUCAGCAGUGCCAGUGCUCCUGCAAGAACGGACCCAAGGACAAAUGCUGCUCCACCAAAAACUAAAUACAUAUACAAAUCCCCUUUAAACUCCUCUGGCUUGUGUGAUAUACAACCUCUUAUAAAAUCAAAAUAAUCCAACAAUCACAUCAAUUUAAUGUUUAAAAUCAAUCUUUAUUGGCCAUUUUGACAAGAAUAGUUCUUUAGUAAUUUUCCACUUUAGUUUUAGAAUUUGCACACCCAAUUAGCGUUUGAAAUUACAUUUAAAACACUUACACAAUGUACACAAUUAAUUCAAGUACACAGUGAGUACAGGACGUUCAAAUAGUAUCCAAAUAUCAACAUUGUUUUUGGCGAGCUUUUCUCAUGUGUAUCUGUGUUGUGUGGAUGUUUGUGUGUAUUUCUCGGGGAAUGUGUGUGUGCGAGAGUUUUCACAAUUAAACAUUAAAAACUUUACGUACACAAUAUUACAUUUUGUUUCGUAAUUUGUGAGUACACAAGAGGAAAUCCGCUUCCAUUCGCAUUCAAGUGUUUCAAUUGUUUACUGAAUUGUUUAUUUAUUUGGGGGGUGUUGUACUUAAGUCUUAUAAAAUUCUUAAGGUUCACGUACAAAGCUAGGUGUAGUGUUGUGUUAUUGUUGCUGCUUACAUAAAUGAUUAUGUUUACGAUCUCUCAUACAAACGUGUGUCUCUGAUAACUGACUAAAAUGGGCAAUCGCAUUUGGCGCAUUUGAAAUGCAUUGCAAACUCUGCCCUUAUGACUCAAACAAACAAGUUUUAAAAAAAAUAUACAUGGAUUCGUUAAAUUUUAGCGCAUUUUCAGCAUUGGAAGCCAAUAAAGGAUGGGUUAUAAAGCAAUUCACAAUGUUACUUAGAUUAUAACUAAAAAUAAACGCAAUCAUCUCCUGCGUUGCUGCUCUCGUUGAUUGGUUUUCAUCUUUCGUUUAGCAUAGGCUUAGCACGCGAACUAUUUAGUAUUUCAAAUUGUUUAAAUUAGGGAUUAAACUUAAAAUCAAAAUCAAAAAUUUAGAUUCAACAAAUAGUUACUCACUAACUAAACCGAUACUCAUAUUAUCAUUAUCAAUUAAACGUAAUGCUUUGUCACAGACGAACACGUCGUAGUACAAAAAAAGAAAUCAAAUAUAUAAAGAUAUAUAUAAAAAUAUAAAACGAAUAACAUGCGGACACAUUCCAAAGGUUUAUACAACACAGAAAUUCUAAAUUCUGCAUGGGUCAGACACAAUCAUAAUCACGAUAAAGACAGUACUCUGGCUGUGUGUGCUGUAGGUGUUUGUGUUGAGGUGUCGCAAUUUGCAUGCAUUGCUCUGGUAGAUCUUAUUGUAGUUUUGAUGUUGUUUCUGUGGUUUGGCGUUUCACAAAAAGC